CAAUCUGGUGGCAUUUUUUAUUCUAACAACUGGAGGCUUUGCUUAAGAGCUUGAUAACCCAAUAUUAUAAGAAUCCAGAUGUCACCAAAUUGUCUUAGAAUGACCUUCCUUAGGUAGGCUUGUUCGAUGCGCUUGUGAUAGCUUCGCAUAGUAUUGCAAGCUCAAAGUUGCCUCUCAUCUAGGCUGAGAAAGGAGGCUAACCGUUCUUCGUGUAUUCCAUUGUCAUCUAAGGCGUGAUGAAACAUGUCAUCUUGAACUCUCUCUCUCUUGAUGAGUGACGAACAUGUGAUCUUCCAUGAUAACCGAUCAACAACUCUCUCUCUCGAUUAAUGGAUCAUGGUUUUGGGGGUUUUGAUGAAGGUAUUUAAAGAGGAAAACUGGGUGAAGAAAGAAGAGGAUGAGGAAUUGAAAUGUGAAGAGAGUUACUCUAGGGUUAAAAGGGGUCUAUUUGGUCAGCACUAGCAGUGAAGGGAAUGAGAAGCAUUUCAAAAGCGGAAUGGAUUUGCCUCAACCUCUGUUUCUUCUUUCUCUAGAGAGAGAAAAUGGGGUGUUGAACUCCUUGAUGUUUCUUUUUCUAGAGAGAGAAAAUGAGGUGUUAGAAGCAAGAGUUCAGUGUUAUUAUAAAAUUGCAUUUUCUGGUGGACAGUUGCCAGGAAAGGCAGCAGCCAUGGACAUAUUUUCAAGUAGGUUUUGGGCAGAGUAGGGGGAAUGUCAUCUUUCUGAGGUAAGGGUUUGGUGGAGAGUUUCAAUGGCGUUGCCGACUUAGAGUGGGGGAUCACCCAAAACUUGAUGGCAUCAAUUAGAGAGAAAACUCUACAUUUCCUUUAAUUUGCACUUGAAAAACUUGUAACUUGUUUGGAAUGAUGAGAUCCAAACUUACCGUUUCUAGAAGAACCUUUCAUCUCAAUCAUUUUAAAACAACCCAUAAAACUUCUAGCCUCUUUUGGAGACUUUCUCUCCCUCGAUUAUUGAUUUGGGCCCAUAGGAUAUAAAUUCACAAGGUAAGUUCAUGACACUGUGAUUAGAUUUAGGCCCAUAGGAUAUAAAUUCAAAAGAGAAGUUCAUGACAGUGUGAUUAUCACCAGUGCAGCGUUCUUGGUGAAUUGGGGUCAAAGGUUGACUUGGGCCAUUAAAAAGGUAAUCUGGGGCAAAAAGGGCAAUGGGGUGUUACCUACAAAGGAUAUUCAUAAUAAUACCUGCAAGUCUGGGUUUUGAGAACUACGGGAGCCGGCAUUGUUGACGAAAACACCCCUCCAAUUUGGGGUUACUUAUGAACCCAGAAAAAGUCUCUCUCCUAUCUCUGUCAUGCCCUUCACUGCACUGCACUGCACUGCAUGGCAUUCCAUUGACUUCAGAUGAAAAGGAUAUAUGAUCAUCCAAUCAUUGACUAUUCAGCUUUUGCAUUGUGUUUCAGAUCUCUCCCUGUAGAGGGAAAAAGAUCAGAAAGCUGACUGCCAUGACCCGAGAAAUGAUGUUUCCAUGGCUAAUCUUCUUGUUUCUGAUCGGCCGUUGCAGCGCAGAUGUUGGAACCGCCACCUUCUACAAUCCACCCUAUGUUCCGACAAAGUGUUAUGGGAAUGGAACUUUGCAGUUCCCGGCCGACAAUUUGUUUGCAGCAGCAAGUGACAGCAUUUGGGACAACGGUGCUGCCUGUGCGAGGGAAUACAGUGUGCGGUGCCUGAGCGCGGCUGCCUCCUCUGCAGAUCCGUGUGUGGCCAACUCCGUUAUUCAAGUCAGGAUUGUCGAUUUUCGAACGACAGGGGCUGCAACUAUGUUCCUCUCAUCGGAUGCCUUCCAAGCCAUUGCUCAUCCUAACGUGACUGCCACCAUCAAUUUUGAAUUCAAGCAGGUUUGAAUAUUAUUUGUGUAGACUGCGACCCGUGAUUUGAAGUUGGAUGCCAUCGCUGAAGUGAUUCUUUAUUUUGUAUUUUAGUGUGCUGUUGGUUUGCGAAUUCGUGGGGUUGCUUCUUUUCAUUUCUCCAAUGAUAACAUGUAAUUUCUCUCCCAUCUCAUUUUGUAUACAUUCUCUUUAACUUUGCGCUUGGUCAAUAAAAUAAAUGUAACCAUCCAAUUUCAUAUCCAA